AUGUCAUUUAGCGUUGACACCAAAUGACAUUAGUGACAGUUAUAAAACCGCAAAAUUCCCGUCAUGGAUUUUUUUUCGUCCUGCGUGCCGGACCAAGUGAGCCUCUACUACUACGUGGUGGUGGCAGUGUGCGUGAUUGGCGCCCUCUACAUCAACGACAUGUUCAGCAAAAUGGGCAGCUAUCGCAGCUACGGCAACAAGCAACUGAUCAGCUACGGCUACGACAACCACAACGGCCCCUCGCUAUGGAAGAACCUCUUUGAGGCGGCCAAAGGUCAUAAACAGUCGCCGAUCAACCUGCUCACCCCAUGUGCAAUCGCGGUGCCAUCUGAGCUGCACCCGCUGAAGUUCUCCGAGCAGUUCCAUCACACGCCAUACGAGAUGAAGAUGUACAACAGCGGGUUGAAUGCGGUUCUCUAUGCCAAGUGGAGCGGCUUGAUGCGCCCGAGCAUCUCAGGAGGGCCGCUGGAGCAAGAGGUGUACAAUUUUCUGAAUGUCCGCUUCAGAUGGGGCCCGGACAACCACGAAGGAUCCGAGCACAUGGUGGACACCAAGCGAUAUGCAGUGGAGAUGCAGGUGGCCUUUAUGCGGAACGGCGACAACCCAAAGUGCGACCUUCUGGACGCCGCUCUGUCCGGGGACUUGCUGAUGCUCAGCUACGUUUUCAUGGUCACGCCCAUCGACAAUCCCUACUUGGAGCCGAUCAUUCAAGCACUGAAGAGCUUGAAGUUUCCGAUGAGCUGCGCUCUGCUCUGCCCAUUUCCCUUAAGGCUGCUCACGCCGCUUUUUUCGAAAAACUACUUCUACUAUGAGGGAUCGCUGACCUUUCCGCCGUGCACUGAAGGCGUGAAAUGGAUCGUACAACCGGAACCGUUGCUGAUCUCCAGCCGACAAGUGAACAAGUUCAGGAAAUUGGGCGCGUGCAAUUGUGCGCCCAUUAUGAGCAACUCGCGCCCGGUCCAGAUGGCAAAUGGAAGGGAAAUCUUCUACUAUGACUGAAUUGAAUGUUUUGGCUCAGAAUGUCGAUUAAAUUAAAGCGGAUCAAACUCUG